CAGGGCUGCCGGGCAGAAGGCGGCGGCGGAGACCAGACGCUGAGCCAUGGCCGAGCUGCUGCAGACGUUGACUGCUAAAAAGGGCAGGCUCUGCUGUGUUGAUUCUGUGGAAUUCCCCAUAUUGCCUGUGGAGAAGUACUGGCGUCUCCCGUUCCGACUACGGUAAUUUGGAACCUGGCCUUGCUCAUUUCAAGUGUGCACGUCAGCGCAUGUGGGAUGGCUGGAGGACGCCUGUUACUGCCGCACACGUGCCCCCAAGGAGGCCUGCACGCCCUUCACUCCCUUCAGUUUCCUCCCAGGUGAAAUCUGCAAACCCGCUCCUCUGGACCUGGUCCUGUCCGGAUGAUCCUCUGGGAUUAACAAGCUGUUAUUCAACAGCCUCCAACAACAAUGGCACAUUAUCUGCUCCACUGCACAACUGGCCGUGGUUUACAUCCAGGAAGGGAUUGGUCAGUCACCUGUGCCAGGUCCCCAGGGGACCCUGAGUCCAGUGGUAUAUAGGGCGGCUGUGGGAGGAGUGGCAUAGCCUCUCCCAGCCCCAGCAAGCAACCUGUCAGGCGGCCGUGGACUUAGACCCCACAGAUGAAGGCCCUGCUCCUGGCCGUCAACCUCAGCCUCGUUGUUGUCCUGCAGGCCCACCACCCUGCCUCAGAUGAGGAGAUUCAGGAUGUGUCAGAGACGUGGUAUCUGAAGGCCAUGAUGGUGGACAGGGAGCUCCCUGAGAUGAAUCUGGAAUCGGUGACACCCCUGACCCUCAUGACCCUGGAAGGGGGCAACCUGGAAGCCAAGGCCACCAUGCUGAUAAGUGGCCAGUGCUGGGAGGUGAAGGUCAUCCUGGAGAAAACUGACAAGCCGGGAAAAUACACAGCCGUUUACAGAUGCAACCGGUUUCCCUGUCUCUGGCCUGCCUGUUUGCAGUGAAAUCUCAACGCUUAGUCAGCUCAUUCUUCUGCUGAGGGAGAAUCGGUGCGUCCAGAAGAAAAUCCUGAUGUGGAAAAUGGAGGAGCCCGGCAAAUUCAGUGCCUAUGGAGGCAGGAAGCUCAU